AUGAUUACUGAUCAUAUAAAUUUUGAGUUUACAAAAGACCCCUUUGUUUACGGCUCAUUAACUCUAGCCUUAGCAUUUGGAACAAUAUAUUAUUUCAAUAGAUUUAGCAUAUGGAAAUCCGUCAAGACGCAAGGCAUAAGAAGUUUACAUUCAAGGACUAAGUUAUUCUAUACCAUUUUUGGGGGAUUUUUGAUAUUCCUUAAUAUAUAUGUCUGGGUUUACUUAUCUGCUGGACUUUUAGCCACCCUGACAUAUUUAGGAUCGGAUUUCCAUUUAUCACCCUUAACGCUGCAUAUUAUAGGGUUAAAGUACUCUGAAUUCAAUGUUCCUGGGUACUCUUUCAUAGAAGAAAAAGUACAAUUCGAAUCCACGGAAGAUUUUGAAUGUAAUGCUGUGCAAUUCAGUGAUAAGAUGUCUUCAAGCCAAGCAGUUUCCGUUGAAGGUGAUUUAAGAAGAGUGAGAAACCAAGCACUUGAAUUGGCCAAAUCCGAAUAUCCAAUAGCGAAAAACUGCUUUUUGGAUAAUGAUGAUGAAUCUGAAGAAGAUAUCCUUAAAAAAAAAUGGGCAAGAUUCUGUGGAAGCAGUGUUUGGCUAUCCAAGUAUGAAGUUCACUUUUUUGUUAACAGAAUAGUUUAUGCCCAUGAGAGCGCAAGAAGUAGACCCACUAUCAGUCUAAUAGAUGUUCAAAUUUUUGACCGUGAUUGGAAUGAAUUAACUGACUUCAAUAUUUCACUAGCUGAUGGUACAGUGCUUCAAUAUCCCGGACUUGUUAAAAUUGAUAUAGAUCAAAAUCCAAAAAACAAGUUUUCUGUAAUGGGUCCUGAAGAUCCCCGCGUUGUUUUAAGAAGAUUUAUUAACGAUGAAGGUGAAUUAGAAGAAGAGCCUGUUAUUAUUUUUAACAUGCGUCGUACCGAGAUCAAAUGGAGAAGAGCUAUGCAUUUCUAUAGACCUUUUAAUGGUAAUGAUACCAUUAGACUAUCGUUAAGAGACUUAAAGCCAAGAUUUCGUGAGAAAAAUUGGGCCCCAUUUUUUGAUGAUAACGAUCCAGACAAUAUUUAUUUCAUAUACAACUUCAAUCCUCUUCGUGUCAUCAAGUGUGGACUUUCUGAUGGUGUGUGUGAUAAGGUUACUGGACCUAAUUUUAUAGAUUCUAAAGCAGACGAGUCAAAGCAUGUUGGUGCAUUGAGGGGAGGGACUAACCUCGUUCCAAUACCGUCAGACCUUUUACCAAAACAUCUAUUCUUUAGGAGAUACUGGUUUGGUAUUGCAAGGUCUCAUAAUAGCGAAUGCGGAUGUUUGAAGGAAAUUUAUAGACCGCAUGCUUUCAUAGUCUCGAAAAAUUUAGAAACAGGUGAAUUCACAUUGGAUUAUGUAAGCUCGUUGAUGGACUUUAAUGUUGUUGCAGAACCAUGGACUGAUAAUCUUGCUAUAUGUAAAGAUGGGAAGAAUGUGUUGAUUCCGAACAGUAUUGCCUAUUGGGAUCAUGUUUUAAGCUCGGAUUCUACAGUUGAAGAUGAUUUUAUGGGGGUCACCUUUUCUGAGGCAGAUAGAACGAACAAAAUCGUCCAUAUAAAGGGGUUUUGGCAACACAUAUUGAAGGCUUUGAGUAGUGAGAAAAAAGGUCAAGGAUCUCAAUCGAUAGCCAGAAUAAAAGAAUAUUAUGCUGGUAAUAAUGCUGAGCUCGAGAACGAAUUGUUAGGGAGAUGUGCGACCUCUUUGGCAGAACAAUAUUGUGAGGAUAAAUCAAUAAUACAAAAUUGGAUUGAUUAA